AUGAAUUCUAAUUUAAAUACUGAUAAAAUUUCAUCUAUAUCUGAACAAAAUAAAGAUGGAUCGUUACCAGUACUUCAAAUUGAUCCUUUAACAUUAAUAAAUUCAAUCUCAUCGUUUAACCGUGUUGAUGAUAAUCACGAAAAUAUACUUGAAUCAGCAUGCGUUAGUAAAUCACAGUCAGAAUCCAAUGAUGUUAAUACAUCAUUAUCAGAGAAAUUCGAUCAAAUACGUAUUAAAAAAUCAUCAUUAACGACUCAUAUGGAUGAACAUUCGAUUGCUGCUUGGGUUAAAUCAACAACAGUAGAAUCGGCCGUAUCAUCUAUUGAAAGAUCACCAUCACUUCCAUCAACAAUAAUUGAACAAAUAACAAAUAGUCGUCGUGCAUCGACUGUAUCAACUAUAUGUGAUACACAACAGCAACAACAAAUAUCAGCUUGUUCAGAUACACUUUCAUCGACUCUAUCGCAAAACGCAUCUGUAGUAACCGAUGUUCAACGAAGUUUUUCGUUUCCAGCAACCUCCAGUCAACAUCAAUUUGAUGAUGAUGAAGAAAAUCAGUUUGUCCAAGUAGAUCAAGAUGAUGAUUAUUCAUCACAGUUUCUUCCUGUACCAGAAUCAGAAGAUUCCGAAAUUGAUAAAGUAGAAAAAAAAGCAUCCAUAGAAGAACCAAUCGAAUUUCACACUCGAUCACCCACUGAAAAAAUGAAAAAAUCUUCUGAAGGCUCUCCUUCACUCGAAGUUCGUCGUAAAUCAUUAUCGAAUCGAAAGCGAAAUAAUUCUUGGAAUACAAAUAAAAAUAAUCUUCUAUUAUACCAAAAAUCACAAUCACAAAAAAUAUCAAGUCAACCACCAUACUUAAAAUCUCGAAUAGUCAACAAUCAGUAUCCCACUAAUCAUUCACUAUCACCUGAUACUAAAAUUUUUCCUAGUGACAGGAAAUUAAAUCAAUCAUCAAGUUUUUCCGAUAAUAUUUUCCAUUCUGUAUCUACAACCGAUUCCCAGUUAUCAUCUCAAAAUUUAAAAUUACUGAAUAAUUCUCCAUUAUGUUCUCAAUUUUUAUCUAUACCGUCAUCGACAUCCGUACUUUCAUCAGAUCCACCAAUAUCAUAUAUAUCAGAUUUGUCUGGUCAAAGUGCCAUUGAGUCAUCGAAUUUAAGAACAAGUGCAUCUGAACCAUCGCAUACAGCUGAUAUAAUCGAAGAAGAAACAACUGAUGAAACAAAUUUCAAUGCUUUAAAACAAAAACAAACUAGUUCAUUUUCAGCUACGUCAUCAAGAACAGCAAGUACAGAAAAUUUACCAGCAUCAUCAAGUGAAGAUGAAUUUAAUUAUAUUAAUAAAAAAAUGAAUGCAUCAACUAAAAAUGGAAAAUCACAAAAGACACCUGCUAAUCAAAGAAUAGAUGCGUUGAGACAAUUAAAAUGGUUACUCGAAAAAAGAUCAACAAUAAAUCCUCGAUUAAAUCUUGGACGUCGAAAACAACAACAAACAGCAGUACUGGCUCGUUCACAUUUUCGUUCAAAUAAUACUCUCAACAACACACAACAUUUGGAAACAAGUCUAUUAAAUUCUUCUAAAGUAUCAUUACAACUUGUUUCGAGUUUAAAUUCAAAUUCAAAUGAAGCCCAUUCACUACCCAUAAAUCCUUAUUCUCCAACGCCGACUAUAUUCCCACAACCAAUUAUAUCACAUAUUGAUCCUCUCAGUCAAAGUUAUAGUUCUGUACGUAGCAUUCAUUCUGAUUCAAGUAUUACUGGUGCAUUAAUAAAUACUAAAGCUAUAACGCGCAGUAAUGCUCCUGGUACAAUAUCUCUUACGUCGUCACUUCAUUUACAACGAACUACUCCAAUAAAUAGUAGUUCAUCUCAACGAAGACGACUCGUUCCACAUCGUCGUAAUCUUAGUGGUUUGGCUGCUGUUCAACGAGAUCGUAAAAGUUCAUUUAGUAAAGCCAGUACGAUUAAAACAGAUGAACAUCCACAUCUAUCUCAACCAUUACAGCAACAAUCAAUACCAUUAGUUCGCGAUACAAAAGCAAUACUUAAUGAACAUAUAACAAUGAUUAAUAAUUUACUUUUAAAUUACUCAUUUCAUGCAAGUAUACAAUAUCCAUCGCAGAAUUCAUCUAUUCGAGAUUUUCUCUAUACUCGUUUAAAUGAAUUAUCAUUACAGAAUCCAAUGAAACAACGAUGUUCAAGAAUUGAAACAAAAUCUUUUAUUGAUUCAAUAACUAGUUAUCAAAUGAAUCGAUCACAUCAUUAUAGAUUUUUAAUUCAGAGUAUUCGAGAUUUAUUAAAAUCGACUAAUGAUCCUGUACGUUUAUCAACUUGUUCAAGUGAAACUGAAGAUGAUGUGCCGAAAUGUAAAAUUAACAUAGACGAUAGUGACUUAUCAAAUACUUCAGGAGUAUCAUUAACCCCUAUAGAAACAAAUGAAACCUUAGAUGAUUUAAAAUCUUUUAAAGAUCAUCCACUACGGUUUUUUCGUACAUUAUCUGACGAUUAUAUUCGUGAUUGUGAACAAACAGAAAAGGAUCUAACACAAAAAUUAUUUGACGUAGCGGAGAAACAACAUAUACUCUAUUGUUUAAAACAUGUUGAUAGUGGCCAUACAGAUGAUCAUUUAGAUUUAUUUCAUCGUCGACUUGAUGCUAUUUGUGUUUGGUAUAAUUUAUAUUAUGAAUUAACAAUAUCUGUGAAGAAAUUAAGUGGUUUAUUGCGUUGUAACGAUUGUGAAGAUUGGCCAAAAUUACAUUUUCGUUCACUUGCAACAGAUCGUGAACGUAAGGCAAAACGAGCAGAAGAAAGUGAUGAUUAUACAAGUGACAGCAGUAGUGAUGAAGAUAAUGAUGGCAAUGAUCAUGCAAAAGCAACAGAAGAAAGUGAAAUUGAAAAUGUAUCACAGAAAAGUGUUAUUGAAAAAAUUGAAGAAACAGAUGAUACUGAUAUUAUACCAAAAAUUUGUUGGCCCGAUGAACCACUUGAUCAAUUUUCGAAUCUCAAAAUAUCUGACGAAUCAUCUCACCCAACAACGAAUGCUGCGCCAUACAAAUUAGAUAGAACAGUCUGUUAUCGUAAUUUUGUUUACUAUAUGGACAAGCGUUCUUAUCAAGUAAAAUACGAUGGUUUAGCUCGAACAUUAAUUGAACGUGUUGCGCCUGUAUUAUUCAAAACUCGUCUUGCUCUAUUACAAACAACAGAUCGAAGUGAAAUAAAAAUCGAACAAAUUCUGGCCGGUUUAUCUCUAAAUGAUUUUCAGUUACCCGAUAAAAAUCAAAUAGAUUCUAAAGCCAAUGUAAAUAACGAUGAUAUUGAUGAUAAACUAGUUGAUACCGACAAUCCUGUUAAAGAUGACAAUACAACAAAUACAAAUAUAGGUGAAUUGACUAUUGAAAAAUGGUUACAUCAUGUCUUAAAAUCAUGUUCAACAAUCAAAAUUAUCUGUUCACAUACAGAUGAUUUAUUAAAACACAAUUGGCUUGAAUUACAUGAACAAUUAGGUUUACCUUCAUUAUUGCCUUUAUAUUUUUUUGUUGUUAAUGUGCUACUCGAUGUUAUGAAUGAAUGUUUAAGCUUGUAUAUUAAACCGUAUAUGAAUAAUGAUAUUAUUGAAAUAGAUCCACUUUGCCGACAACAACUUGUUCGCGAAGCGAAACUUGUUUUAAGAGAUGCCUUAGCAACCCGCUUGUAUAGUGUUCGUAUGAUGGAACAAUUUAUUUCUCAUCGAAAAAUUGCUUACGAAUUAACAGAAUUCGACGAAAAAAUAGUUAAUCUUUAUAUGCAUUAUAAACAAUUUUUAAGUACAGUUUCAAUUAAUCGAACGUAUGAUAUUCUAAAUGACAAUCCACAAAUUGCGAUGAAUGAAACUGAUAGAGAAUAUUAUUACUAUGUCGACGAAGAAACAUCAGAAUUAAUAAAAGAAUAUUACUUUGCUCGAGAUCUUACAUUAACAUUGGGCAAUCGAGAUUUAAUUCAUGCAUUGGGAUUUCAAUUCAAUGAUCUUGUGAGAGGCAUAUUAGCACGAUUGAAAGAAGAAUUAUAUGAAACAACAGAAACAUACUAUCAAGUAUUUGCAGCUGAUACAGGCAAUGCAUCAAAUACCAUGGAUGGACUUUAUUCAGCUGACGUCAUAUCUGACACCGUAAAACCACCUUAUUUUCACUCAUCAGCCAGUGUUCCACCUGACUUUGCUCAAGCAGAGUUUUCAAUUGCCGAGCCAGGAGCAUCGUUUUCUGAACAAAAAAAAUGUGAAAUUAUCAAUAGUACGCGUGAAUUUCGUCGAAGUUUUGAUACAAUCAAACAACGAACAAUACGCAUUUGUUCAUUGGGUAAAACUCUUAUUGAUGAUUUUUCAAUUGCAGCAGAAUUUAAAUGUCAUAAUUUUCAUGACCUCUGGUAUGGACUUCGGCAUCAUAACUAUGCUCAAGUCAAACGUCAUAUCGAUAAAUCUAGUUCAGAUGAUUUUGAUAGCUUUUAUUUAUUUGUUCCACCAUGGUUAACAACAGAUAAAAGUCAAGUUGAAAAAUUAUUAAGUCUUAUUUGUAGUCAGCAAUCACCAGCAGAUGAAUUAACCAAAGCAAAUAAAGAUAGUAAACCCUCAUAUAUGAUAUUUAUACCAAAGAAAGCUUCUCAUUCUCACAAUACAUAUUGGACUGGUGACAUUGUACUUAUUCGAGCAAGUGACAGUACACAAUUAGCAUUAAAUUCAACUGAACUACCAUGUCUUCAUUUGGUUGUUACAAGAUCUGAUCAUUGGCAACAAGCAGUUGAUUUAUUUCAAUUUCAUACUGAAGCAAAUAAUAAUAUUCAAUUGAUUAAAAAAUUAGCUCGAGAUGAAGACAUACGUGUAACAUUCGAUCAAUUACCUGAAUAUAUCGAUAAAUUUAGUAAUCAAUUAACUCAUCUCGUUCGUAUACUUAAUACGAUAUGGGAUCAAGAUUCAAUAAAAAUCUUUCUUACUGAAAUCGUCAAAUUUGAUGAAAGAGAAUUACGUACAAUUGAAUCGAAAUUACUCGAUCUUGUGUUAUAUGUAUACAAUUCAGGUUUUGAAUUAUUUCGUCUUUUAUAUGAUCUUUUACCACCAAUCUCAAUCCACGAUGAUAAAAUACUGAAAAAAUUCGUUAGUUUAAUGAAUGAAUUUUUUUGUGAAUGGUGUAAAUGUGUUACCAAAAAAUUUAAAUACACAUUAACGCAGCAAUCCAGCACAGCGAAAUAUAAAGUUCUUAGGCCAAGAUGGUUUUCACCUGGAAUGAUUUUUCUUGGUUUUUUGGCAAAAUCUCCUCAUUUACAAUUAUUAACUGAAGAUGAAUACAGAAAAUUAAUGACAGAAAUGCCAGCAGCACUUAAGGCUCUACGUGGAAACACAUUGGAUAAUAAAGAAUCAUCUGUUAUAAAAGCACGUUCAAAUAGUGCAUCAUCAAUACCAACAAUAUCUGUUCGACAACAUAGUCGAUCAACUGGACAUCGACGUUUGGAUAGUAGUAGCGGUAUUAAUGAAUUAGUACCAUUGACAUUUAUCAGUCCUAUUGAACGUAUGCAACACAGUGUAGCAAAACGUGAACAGGAAUUACAACAAAAACUUCGUGAACGAAAACAAAUUGGACAAAUAUUUAAUAGUAGCAAUACAACAACAUCAAGUAGUAUUGCAUUAGAUCCUGAUAUAUCGUUAAAAACUCGUAAUAUUGAUUUUCCUUGGCGGCGUGGUACACGCAUUGGGCAAGGUGGUGCUGGUGUUGCAUUUCGCGCUAUUAAUUGUUCAAAUGGUUCAAUUGUAUGUAUGAAAGAAAUACAAUUAUCAUCGAUAGCAUCUCGUUCAUUACCAAAUACUUAUCCUGAGAAAUUGCGUCGUAUUGCAGCAGAAAUUGAAAUGAUUAUGACUAUUAAUCAUCCAAAUAUUGUACGAUAUUUUGGUAUUGAAAAAUAUAAGAGAACAAUUUAUAUUUGUAUGGAAUAUUGUUUGUCAACAGUCAAUGAAUUUUUAAAUGAUAUUCGUGCAUUUCAGAAACGGGCACAUAUUCGAAAGUCAAAUAGUGGUAUAUGGACUGAUUCAAGUGAUCAAGAUGAUGAAAUAAAUACAGAUUGUGUUCGUCUAGCUCCAUCACUGGAUGAAAAUGAGCUUGUUCGAGGAUUUGUCAAACAACUUUUACAAGCAUUAUUAGCUCUACACGAACAUUCUAUCGUUCAUUGUGAUGUUAAAGGUGAUAAUAUUUUUAUUGCAAAUCAAAAUGGACAUUAUAUUGUUAAAUUGGGCGAUUUUAAUUUAUCUCACCGAUUGGAAUUAGAAUCAUGCUCACAAAAUGAUAGUGACUCUCGUAGUACACAAUUUGGUACUUUAUAUUUUAAACCACCAGAACCAGAAUAUGUAUAUCAAUCUGAUAUUUGGGCAUUAGGUUGUACUAUUAUCGAAAUGUUAACUGGCAAACCACCUUGGACAAAUAUCGUGCGUCCACAUGAAGAACGUAUUUAUAUUCAAAAUCAAUUAUUAGCCAAAAAAGGUCCACCGAUUCCCGAUGACUUAAAAAAACAACACGAAGCAUACGAUUUUAUUCAAUUAUGUUUAACACCUGAUGUCAAUGAACGACCAUUAGCGAGAGCAUUACUCGAUCAUCCAUAUCCACGUGUUCGAACAGAUUCUUAA